UGGAGGGGGAAAGCGGCGGCGGGGGGGGAGGGGUGAGCCCUAGCGAGCGCCCACGUGGCCGCGCCAAGAGCGCGCCCGGCUCUUGCCGCCAGAGGCCGCUGUAGCCCUACGUCUCCGCUCGGGCCCUGGAGCCCGGGCGGGCGGAAGUUGGCCGGAGAGCACGUCCGGUGACGGGACCCGGAAGCGGAAGUGCCCGGGCUCGCGCCCGGGGUGGUUGGUGUGAGAGGGCGGCAUGGCGGCGGCUGGGGCCUCGGCCUCGCUCCUUUCCCUGGACCCGCAGCUGCAGCGCGAGUUCCAGGACAAGGUGUUGCGCGUCCGCUCCGGCAGGGGGACCAAGCAUGAGAAGCUGACUCCUGGUGUAAUUUAUUUAGGGCAUAUCCCUAGGGGCCUUUAUGAGCCACAAAUCCUGGAGUACUUCAGCCAGUUUGGAACAGUCACCCGACUUCGGCUUUCAAGAAGUAAAAAGACUGGAGACAGCAAAGGCUAUGGAUUUGUAGAGUUUGAAUCAGAUGAAGUUGCUAAGAUUGUUGCAGAUACCAUGAACAACUACCUGUUCUGUGAAAGACUCCUAAAGUGUGAAUUUAUGCCACCUGAAAAGGUCCAUGAAAACCUCUUCAGAGGCAGUCAGAAGACAUUUAGGAAGCCAUCGCAUCCGGCAGUCAAGCGGUAUAACAAGAAACGAACACCCCAAGAGAAGACAAGGAUGACAGAGAGACUACUAAAAAAUGAGAAACGGUUACGAAAGAGGCUGGCUGAGAAGGGAAUAGACUAUGACUUCCCUGGUUUUGCCGCACAGAUGCCUCAAAAGAAAAAAAAUGUUUCAAACUCAAACUCGAACCUGAACAUAUCUGUGAACAGCCAGGACCCCACCCCAGUGUGUACGCCCACAGUCCUUGAGCGUCGGAAAUUGCAACCAGCAGAAACUGAUGAAGAUGAAAUAACCAUCAAACUGCCUCCAACAAGCGUAAAGAACACUGCUCAAAAGGCCAAGAAGACAACGAAGCUGCAGAAAAAAAUUAACCCAAAGAAAUGGAAAUAAACAAAGCUGAAACCUCUGUAGCCAAGUUUUCCUUAACUCCAAAGGAUGUUUGCAAGCUGGAACUUUCUGUGGUUCUUACUGACUUGUGUUCAUUCUUGGUUUAACUACAACAGUGGAUCUCAACCUUUCCCAUAUCAGGGGGCCCAUCCAUCUAGUCUGUAGGCAUUCCCACUUAGCAUCAAGGGAAGGGUAGCUGCAGCCCCCCAUCCGAGAAUCCCUGCUAUAGAAGAUUCUCAGAACACUCUCAAAUCCAUGUCUGUGUUGAUCAUUGUAGAUAAAAUGGACACCCAAGUUUAUGUCCCAACAUGUCCACUGUCACUUUGAAUUAGCUCUGUAACAUACUACUCUUCUCUCAUUAAAAUGGCUAUUCCCUUUGCAAGGAAAUCAAAGAAUAGUUUUGCAAACCUACUGAUGGCAGUAUGCUUAACAGUCCUAAUUAGCGUAGGGAUAUCAUUUUUUAUAAACAUUUUAGAAGUACAUUGUGACUUUCAGUAGCA